AUGGUCAAUGUCAAGCUUGUGGUGGUUGGCGUGCUUAGCGAGCUGAUUGUGCUAAUGGAAGUUGUCGAGCUCGCCGUGCUUGUAGUCGAUGUCGUGCUUAUCAGGCCUGUCGUGCUUGUCUCGCUUGUCGUGCUCGUAGUGCUGGAAGUACUCGUGGAGCUCGUUGUGGUGGUAGUACUAGGUGUAGUGGCAGUCCUAGGUGUGAUGGUACUCGUGGUGGAUGCGAUUGUCGUGGAUGUGCUUACUGUGGUGGUACUUGUCGAUGUCGUUGUUGUCGUCGUAGUCGGAGUCGUCGAAGUCGUUGUACUAGAAGGGCUGGUGGAGGGAGAGUUUAUGAGACUUGAUGACGGACUACUAAGUUCUGUAGUCGUCAUAGUCGAGGUCGUCGUUGUAAAUGGGCUGGUAGAGGACGCGAUAGUCGGACCUAUUGAUGGACUAGUGACUUCUGUCGUCAUCGUUGUCGUAGCUGAAGUCGUCUUGGUAGAUGAGGUGCUUAAGGAGCCUGUGGAAAGGCUAGUAGACGAGGAGCUAGAGGGCCCAGUCAACCAGGUAGUGGUCUCUAACGUUGUCGUCAUUGUAGUCGAUGCCGUCGAGGAAUCGAUGGAUGGAGUCGUGAAUGGACUCGAUGUAACUGUCGAGGCACUGAUGGCCGGACUGGUGGAUGGUGUCGUGGAUGGACUGCUUGUAGGACUGCUGGCGAAUGAUGAUGACAGACUAGGUGACGAGGACGAGCUCUCCGAUGGACUGGCGCGCAGGCUUAUCGGAGUCGACGGACUUAUAGACGAACUUGUAGACGGGCCCGCAGACAGGCUUGCAGAAGGGCUAGUCGAGGCACUUAGGUCGCCUGAGGAACUGGCCGAGGAUGUGACAUAUGUACUCGACGAUAGUGACAAUGUGGAAGGCUCAGCUGUGGCGGCACUAAGUGAUGGAUUUGCAGAUGGACUUGUUGUCGGGCUGGCUGUUGCGGUGGUCGACGUGUCGAUGACGGCACUGGAUGACGAAGUCGCUGCAGCCACAAUCGAUGUUGACGGCGUCUCAGAGGUAGGGAAGUUUGAAUUGCUCGCAAAGCUUGAGCCGCUGGCACUGGGCGGGGACCCGUCGAGAGACGAGGAAGAGAAUGAGCUGGAGCCAGCCGUGGUUUGCACAGUUGAUUCAGAUGUCGAAGUAUAG